AUAAAAUAAAAAAAAGAAUUACGUACACAAAAAAAAAAGAAAAGCGUUGUUUAAAUUAAACUCAAAAAGUGCUAUUAAAAUUGUGAUAAACGAAAUAGGAAAAUGCUGCCGCAACUAAGUGCUGACGAGAACAUUCCGCAGGUGGGGCGUAAGGUUUACAUAAAUCCAAAUUUUCAUGGCCAAAUGGCGAGUGCGUUGCAGCUCCAAGGUCGACAACAAAAUACAAAUGCCCAAAUCCACUCGUGGGAUCGUCCAGCUAUACACAUAAAUCCGCAUUUUCUGCAACGCCAGCACGAAUUGCAGCUGCAACAACAAGAACUCGACUAUCAGCUGCAACGGCUACAGCAAAAACAACAACAACAGCAGCAGCAACAACAUGUUGCGUAUUAUCAGCAAACGGAAGCGACGACGCCACCGCCACCAGCAGCCAAAAUCAUCAGCAAAGCCAGCACUUGCCUGGUGCGCAAGCAGCCCAUCAAAACGAAAGCGACGCCGACGCACACGAUAUGUGUCCAGCCUCCCCUCGUUAGUAUAUCCAAGCGCAAGCUCGUGCGACAAGCUGCCAGCCAAGUAAAGCCAACAACAGCAACAACAACUACAGUAGCCUCUCCUGCAAAACGCACCAAAUACAAACUGGUGCGUGCCAUCUCACUAAACACCAACAGCAGCGCACCGCUGGUGAAGAAACGACGAACGCGCGACUUUGUUGCACGCUAUGCAUUGAGACGCACCAAUGAGCCCAUCACUGGCAAGAAAUCGGGCUUAAGAUCGCAGAUGUUGAAGCCGAGUGUUAACAAAUGCUUGAGCAUGGUCAGCAUACAUGGUGUUAUGUACAAGAAGACGGCCAAAAAUAAGCUAACCAAACUGGACGCAAGUCGUGCAGCCAAAUCAACUUUACAACCCCAGGCAGCAAGUUCCACAGGUCGCACACUGUUCGUGCGCGGCACCAAGUUCGUGUUGGAUCCGACGGGCUGUCGCUUGACACGCAUCCCAGCGCAGAAUCCACAGAUGAGUCUGCGUCGUCGCAUCGACAUUGGUGGCCUGACUUACGUGUCCUCGGCGAAAGCACAGCAUGUUUUUAUACGCACCACGAAUCAUGUGUCGCGAGCACAUCUGAUCACGGCCAAGCAGCGUAGCAUGCAGCUGCUGAAUCGUUCGCUGGUAAAGACAAAUGUGCCGUGCGCCAUAUUCCAGCGGCUGGGCAAGUGUGCGGCAUACAGUCGCGGCAAGUGUCGGCGGUUGCACGACAAACGCCAAGUGGCCAUCUGCCCAAGUUUUUUGCGUGGUGAGUGCACCAAGGCGGAUUGUCUGCUGUCGCACAAUGUGACGCUGGAGAAGAUGCCCGUGUGUCGUUACUAUUUGCGUGGUGUUUGUGUGCGCGAGGAUUGCCCCUAUCUCCACAAGAAACUGAGUCGCAAGGCGGAGAUAUGCAUUGAUUUUCUACGCGGCUAUUGUGCACGUGCCGCUGAUUGCAAUAUGCGCCAUGAGUUUCUGUGUCCACAAUUUGCGCGCAGCGGCAAAUGUGACCUGACCAACUGUCCCUACUGCAAACAAAUGAAGAAGCUGGCAGUCAAACGGAAACCCAAACCCAAAACCAAUGCCUCCAUCCCCCACAAGGUGCAAAGUCCAGUUGAGGAGAUGCCCAGCAGUUCACGCUAUUUCAAGUGCGAAGGGGACAAGUGUCUACCGGUGGAGCUUGAGCAUGCCCAGGACGUUGAAGAACUACUGGAUGAAGAGGAAGAUGAUGCAACUGGUGGCAGCAAAAGCAAUAGCAGCAGCAGCAGCAAUCUGCGCCAGCGACCCAAACUGGGUGCGCUGCCUGCAUUUAUACCACUGGGCGAGAAGUGAUCGUGAUCCAUGCGACGGACUUGGACAAAUGUUUCAGGUACAAAUUAAUUUCCUUAGGUUUGUAGUUAAAAUUUGGCUUAAGUUUUAAUUCCCUUAGUAAUUAGGUUCAAAAUAAUUCAAAUAAAGUUCUCGCUAUAUUCAACAAAAAAAGAAAGAAAAGAAAACAAUUUGAAUGUGGCAUUUAACCAAAAAAAAAA